GGCGCAGGCCGAGGUGGCACCUUCCCACGACAACUUCCUCUUACUUUCACCUCUCACUUCAAAGGGCUCACGGCGAGUGGCACUGACAACUCCCACAAUCCUCCACGGCGCACUUUAGCAAAUCCCCAAAUCUCAGUCGCACGCACGUAUCGACGCACACUCUGCGGAGCACUGUUUGUCCCCAAGACAACCAAGCCUCCCUCCUUCUGCGGUCGCCAGCAGCCUUGAUAUAGCCACAGAGAUCUCUUAACCUGCGAGAGAUCAACAACUCGACGAGGAGGUGAAGAAGUCCAAGAAGAAGGAGAACGGGCGAGGGUCUGUUCAAUAGUACAACACCGGAGCAGACGGCACCGCCUUUCCGCUCUCCCGUCUCUUUGAGCCGUGGAACGGCCCAGAGUCAAUCCAAGCGAUAUCCCCGAUUCGACACAGCCCUUCAAGCGGUCAGUCGUCAAAGGCUGUAGGUCCAGAGGCCGGCAUCAGCUUGCAGCCAGUCUCGCGUUUGGAGGCCUGGACAUAAAACCACAAGCCACGAGCCCGCCGCGAUGGCCGACGCCUACGGGCGUGAAGAACAAAACAACGCACUCCUCUCAUCCCUCUCCCAAAAGACCUCGGCCCUGAAACACAUCACGCUCGACAUCUACGACAAUGCGCGCAGCCAGGGCACGCUGGACAACACGAACGAGGUGUUCAGCAGCAUGAGCACCAACAUCCGCGGCAGCGCGGGCCGGCUGACGCGCAUGGCGCGCCAGGGGGACAAAGUGGCAGUGCUGAAGGUGGCAGCCAUCGUCGUGGUGGGCGGGCUGCUCGUGUGGUGGAUUGGCGGGUGGAUAUUGGGGUUGUUCUUGGGAAGGUAAUAGUGACGAUAACUAGACGCCAAAGGCAAGAGAAAGGAAGGGAAGCAGGAGUACAGCAAAGGUUUCGAUCAUACUGUAUUGAUACACUGUCUGUCUGUUUCAUUAUAAUGAUGCCCAAAGGUUGGUUUCCGUUCGUAAGAAUGCCUUUUUGUCAUGAUCAUGAUCCGUAAUGAUGCCC